GCACCAGCUCAUCCACGCAUCGGAGGCGUGCAGGCAGCAGUGUUGCUUCCCAAUUUUGCCUCCACCGGCAGUCAGGCUCCAGCCCAGACUGGCCCGGCAGCCAGAAUAGCACAGCGAGUCGUCACCAAGGCGCCGCGCCCGCGUGGAGGGCUGCAGCCGACCACCUGCCAUAGAGCGGCGGACACCUCGCCGCCGCUCUACACGCCGCCUGCUGCUGGUGCAGAGCAGCCAUGGAGUCUGCUUUCACCUCGGCGCUGGCCAGGAGCGGGCGCAUAGUCGACCUGGCCUACGCCGCGCUCGUCCACCAGCUGGGCAUCAUCCCACGCUUCUUCCCAAAGGGCUUUGGCAGCCUGGACCUGAUUGACUUUCACGAGGACGUGCAGCAGUUCCAGCGCUGGCCGCCCGACCACUUCCCGCAGCAGCUGCCCUGGAAGAAGCUGGUUGAGUCCAGCUACGGCAAGCACGGCUAUAAAGUGUUCAAGGCUUCCUUCCGCACGCCCUGCCAGGGCCGGGUGUACGAUGCGUUGCCGGCUGAGAGCCGCGCUGCGCACGCUAUGCUCAUCGUGCCCGACGCGCCGGCCGAUGGCGCCCCCUGUGUGGUGCACCUGGCCGCCACCGGCGACCACGGCUACGCGCGGCGCUCCCACCUGGGGCUCCCCCUGGUGCAGCAGGGCAUCGCCACCCUGGCGCUCGAGUCUCCUUACUACGGCCAGCGCAAGCCCCACUACCAGCGCGGCUCCAAGCUGCUGCAUGUGUCCGACCUCCUGCUGCUGGGGCGGGCCACCAUUGAGGAAAGCCUGCUGCUGCUGCACUGGCUGGGGCGCGCGGGCCACGAGCGGCUGGG